AUGUGGAUAGAGAUCGCGAGAAUUCUGCAAGCUUCUUAUUCAAAAAUUUCAUCCCAUUUCGGCCUAGACGCCAUUGGGGAUUACGACGUAAUUAUUUCUGAGCUACGGCAAAUUGCAGAUAUCGGAAGCUCUUUCGUGGGGCACUCAUUGCUCGACAUGGAUUCCUUGAAGGUUGUGGAUGAUGUCGGUCUCUGUCUCAACAACUUCCACGUCGUGACAAAACUAUGGGCUGAUGCAUUUGCUCCAUCUGGAAAUCUGGAAAGUUGCCUGACGCAGACCAAAAACUGCAAAAAUUUUGAAAAUUGCCCAUUAGAAAAAUUUUUCUAUGUGCAAUUGUCUGAUGGCGAGAAGUUUGACCCUCCAUUCUCGAAAGAGCACCUAUGGUAUGUGGAAGGCGAGGCUUCCCAGUUCACUUGGUCAAAACACGCUCGUUCAUUUCCAUUUGAAUCUCAAUUCUGUGCAUACAUGCCAGUUGUGAAAUUCGUUCAAACAUGGGUUGCUGAGAAGGGAUUCGAAGGAUGGAUUUCGCUUGAGAUAUUUGACCGCCCUAUGCGAGAGGAAAGCAACCAACCUGAAGCUAAUGCUCUCCGGGGCAUUAAAUCCUGGAAGAAACUGCUCCGGUCAGUGCCACGACUUCUAAAAUCUAAAUUGUAUAUCAGCAUAUCUAUCUUUACUUCGCAAAUACGAUAA